AUGUUCAUCCUAAAGCAUUCUGGUAAAGUGGAUUAUAGUAUCGUUCUGUUGCCAAGAAGGCAGGAAGACAAGAAGGCAAGAAGACAAGAAGGUAAGAAGGCAAGAAGAUCAGAAGGCAAGAAGAACAAGAAGGCAAGAAGACAAAAAGGCAAGAAGACAAGAAGGCAAGAAGGCAAGAAGGCAAAAAGGCAAGAAGACAAAAAGGCAAGAAGACAAGAAGGCAAAAAGACAAGAAGACAAGAAGGCAAGAAAACAAGAAGGCAAAAAGGCAAGAAGACAAAAAGGCAAGAAGACAAGAAGGCAAGAAGGCAAAAAGGCAAGAAGACAAGAAGGCAAGAAGACAAGAAGACAAAAAGGCAAGAAGACAAAAAGGCAAGAAGACAAAAAGGCAAGAAGUUAUAUGUUUGCCUGUUCUUUUGUGAAAGCUGUGUUACCUGGUUUGGUGUCAACAAGUUCAAAGAUGUGUUACUUACUUAA